UAUGUAGAGUUAACAGUAGGGUAUUUAUUUUUCAAUCUAAAGUUUUUCUCCUCUCUCUAAUAAGACAUCUGAAACUCCUAAGCCAUAUUUAAGAAUUUCUUAGAAAAACAUGCUGGAAGACAGUGGAUCUUGUUUGGAUCCUGAAGAUUUUUUUCUCUUUGUUAUUUUAAAUUAAUUGUCAACAGAUGUCGAACUGUUGGUUGGGUUGGUUGUUAAGUCACUAGGAGAAGAGAGAGAUGCAUCUACUCAAGAUUGGCACUUGGAGAAACAACACUGUGUCUUCCUGGCUUAUAAAGUUCAGUGUUCUUUGGCUUGUUGGUCAGAACUGUUGCAGAGCAAGUGUUUGGACAGCUUACAUGAACAUAUCAUUUCAUGUUGGGAAUCAUGUGUUGUCAAAGUUGGGAGAGACUGGAAUCUUUGGAAGAAGCUCCACUUUGAAGAGAGUGGCAGGAAUUAUAGUACCACCAGAGGGAAAUACCCAACAUGCUUGUAAUCCCAAUACCAUUUUCAGCCGAUCAAAGUACUCAGAGACCUGGCUUGCCCUUAUUGAACGUGGAGGUUGUACCUUCACACAGAAAAUUAAAGUGGCAACUGAGAAGGGAGCCAGUGGAGUGAUCAUCUAUAACUUUCCAGGAACUGGCAACCAGGUGUUCCCCAUGUUUCAUCAGGCAUUUGAAGAUGUUGUUGUGGUUAUGAUUGGUAACUUAAAAGGCACAGAGAUUUUCCAUUUGAUUAAGAAGGGAGUUAUCGUUACGGCCAUGGUUGAGGUGGGAAGAAAGCACACCAUCUGGGUGAAUCACUAUUUGGUCUCUUUUGUGAUUGUUGCAACUGCUACCUUAGCAUAUUUCAUCUUCUACCGCAUUUAUAGACUUUGGAUAGCAAGGAUUCAGAACCGAAGAUGGCAGCGAUUAGCAGCAGAUCUUAAGAAUGCAUUUGGACAACUCAAACUUCGAGUGCUAAAAGAGGGGGAUGAGGAAAUAAAUCCAAAUGAGGAUCGCUGCAUCAUUUGCUUUGAAUUCUAUAAGCCUAAUGACAUAGUUCGUAUUCUGACUUGUAAACAUUUUUUCCACAAGAAUUGCAUUGACCCCUGGAUUUUACCCCAUGGGACAUGCCCUGUUUGCAAAUGUGAUAUUCUUAAAGCUUUGGGGAUUCAAGUGGAUGCUGAAAAUAGAACAGAACCUUUGCAAUUUCUAAUGUCAAAUGAACUGCCUGAAACCUUAUCACCUAGUGAAGAGGAGACAAAUAAUGAAGUUUCUCCUGCAGGAACCUCAGAUAAAGUAAUCCAUGUGGAGGUAAAUCCUGCUUCUCAGAAUAAUGACAGCCAGCCUCAUUUAGUAGUGGAAGAUGUUCAUCCUUCACCUUGAUGGCAUGACUUUUGAGGAAGUGGAUUAAACCUGUAUGUCAAAUCAGGUCCUAAUACUGACAAGCA